AUCACACACGCUCACUCUGCCGCGGUCGGUGAAGGGGUGUCGAUGACCGGCGGGGUUUGAGGAACACAUGCCGCGGAGGUGCGUGGAUUAGCUCUAUAUGCGAAUAUCUCCGGGAGAGAGGAGCCAGUGGAGGCUUCCCGACUCUGAGCAGCCAUGGCUGAAGGAGGAGAAGGAGAGGACGAGAUUCAGUUCCUCAGGACUGAUGAUGAAGUGGUGCUCCAGUGCGUGGCGUGUAUCCAGAAGGAGAAUCGCAAGUUCUGCCUGGCUGCUGAAGGGCUCGGCAAUCGGCUGUGCUACCUGGAGCCCACGUCUGAGGCAAAGUAUGUUCCUCCGGACCUCUGCAUCUGCACCUUUGUUUUGGAGCAGUCUCUCUCUGUUCGGGCUCUACAGGAGAUGCUUGCGAAAAGUGGACAGAACAGCGAAGCGAGGCUUAUAAGAAAGGCAGCGCAGAGUGGUGGACACAAGACUCUACUAUACGGACAUGCCAUCCUGCUGCGGCACUCCUUCAGCUCUAUGUAUCUGGCCUGUUUGAAGACAUCAAGGUCACAGACAGAUAAGCUGUCCUUUGAUGUCGGCCUGCAGGAGGAUUCAACAGGCGAGGCGUGUUGGUGGACGAUCCAUCCGGCCUCCAAACAGAGAUCAGAAGGAGAGAAGGUUCGGAUUGGCGAUGACCUCAUCCUCGUCAGUGUCUCUUCCGAGAGAUACCUUCACUUGUCGAUCUCAAGUGGAAACAUCCAGGUGGAUGCCUCCUUCAUGCAGACCCUGUGGAACGUGCAUCCCAUCUGCUCCGGAAGCAACGUUGAGGAAGGUUACCUGUUAGGUGGGCAUGUAAUGCGACUGUUCCAUGGGCAUGAUGAAGUUGUCACCAUUCCAGGAUCAGACCAGAGUGAGGAGCAGCAGAGGAUAGUAAACUAUGAGACGGGUAAAGCCGGUGCCAAUGCCAGGUCCCUGUGGAGACUGGAGCCGCUCCGGAUCAGCUGGAGCGGCAGCCACAUCCGCUGGGGUCAACCUUUUCGACUGCGACAUCUGACCACCGGUCACUACCUGGCCCUGGCAGACGACCGGGGUUUAGUGCUGCAGGAUAUUGAGAAGUCUGACACGAUUGCCACCGCCUUCUGCUUUAGAUCCUCAAAGGAGAAGCUGGAGCAGAGCCCCAAGCGUGACAUUGAGGGUAUGGGGGUCGCUGAGAUUAAAUAUGGGGACUCGCUUUGCUUCGUCAUGCACGUGGCCACGGGACUGUGGCUUUCAUAUCAGGCACCUGAUGUCAAAUCCGCUCGCCUCGGUCCGCUCAAGAGACGAGCUUGCCUGCAUGCUGAGGGUCACAUGGAUGAUGGUCUAACCCUUCAGCGCUGUCAACACGAAGAAUCCAGAGCAGCUCGAAUUAUUCGCAACACUACUCGACUCUUCAACCGAUUCAUCAGAGAUCUGGAUUGUCUGGGUGCUAAGAAUAAAGCCCUGGUGGUGCUGCCAGUCGAGGAGGUGCUCCAAACUCUCAAUGACCUCAUCACUUACUUCCAGCUUCCAGACGCGGAGUUGGAGCACGAGGAGAAGCAAAUCAAACUGCGCUCACUAAAGAACCGACAGAAUUUAUUCAAACAGGAAGGCAUGCUCACGCUAGUGUCCAACUGCAUUGACCGACUAAACGUCUACAACAGUGUGGCCCACUUUGGGGAGUGUGCCGGUUCAGAAGCAGGAGCAGCCUGGAAGGACAUUCUUAACCUGCUGUAUGAGCUGCUGGCAGCGUUAAUUCGAGGGAACAGGAACAACUGCACCCAAUUCUCAAAUAACUUGGACUGGCUGGUCAACAAGCUGGAGAGAUUGGAGUCGUCCUCAGGCAUCCUGGAAGUCCUCCAUUGCAUUCUAAUUGAGAGCCCUGAGGCCCUCAACAUCAUCCAGAGAGGACAUAUCAAGUCCAUCAUUUCGCUGCUGUACAAGCACGGACGCAACCACAAGAUUCUGGACGUGCUCUGCUCACUCUGCGUGUGUAAUGGUGUAGCUGUGAGAACCAAUCAGAACCUCAUCUGCGAUCACUUGCUGCCCAAGAGAGAUCUGCUGCUCCAAACGCAGCUGGUCAAUGACGUCCAAAGCAUGAGACCAAACAUCUUCCUCGGGGUGAGCGAUGGCUCGGCCCAGUACAAGAAGUGGUACUACGAGCUGAUGAUUGACCAGGUGGACCACUUUGUGACGAGCGAACCCUCGCAUCUGCGGGUGGGCUGGGCCAACACCAAAGGCUACGCCCCCUACCCCGGUGGAGGAGAGGGCUGGGGUGGAAAUGGAGUCGGAGAUGACCUGUACUCAUUCGGGUUUGAUGGACUUCACCUGUGGUCUGGUCGAAUUCCCCGAGCCGUUGCAUCGCUGAACCAGCACAUUCUGACCUCUGAGGACGUGGUGAGCUGUUGUCUGGACCUGGGUGCUCCCAGCAUCUCUUUCAGGAUCAAUGGUCAGCCUGUACAGGGCAUGUUUGAGAACUUCAACACGGACGGGCUUUUCUUCCCAGUGGUGAGCUUCUCUGCUGGAGUCAGGGUUCGAUUCCUUUUGGGUGGUCGACAUGGCGACUUCAAAUUCUUGCCGCCGUCAACUUAUGCUCCGUGCUUCGAAGCUCUUCUGCCGAAAGAAAAGAUGCGUGUGGAGGCAGUGAAGGAGUACAAGAGAGAUGUGGAGGGAGUCCGAGAUCUGCUGGGCACCACACUCAUCUCCUCACAGGCCUUGUUCCUUCCCACACCUGUGGAGACCAGCCAGGUUGUCAUGCCGACUUACUUAGAAAAGGUUCGGGACAAACUGGCCGAGAACAUCCAUGAGCUUUGGGGCAUGAAUAAGAUUGAGUUGGGAUGGUCGUAUGGCAAGAUCCGAGACGAUAAUAAGCGGCAGCAUCCAUGUCUGGUGGAUUUUUCAAAGCUCCCGGAAACUGAGAAGAACUACAAUCUGCAGAUGUCAACUGAAACUUUGAAGACCCUUAUAGCUCUAGGGUGUCACGUUGUCCAUGUCCACCCGAAUGCCGAGGAUGCCCUCAAAAAGAUCAAGCUUCCAAAGAACUACAUGAUGUCAAACGGAUACAAACCGACCCCUUUGGAUCUGUCUGACAUCAAACUGACUCCAAGUCAGGAACUGCUGGUAGACAAACUGGCAGAGAACGCUCAUAAUGUCUGGGCCAAGGACCGAAUCAAGCAGGGAUGGACAUAUGGCAUUCAGCAGGAUCUCAAGAGUAAACGCAACCCUCGCCUGGUUCCAUAUUCUCUCCUGGACGAACGAACCAAGAAGUCCAACCGGGACAGUCUCCGAGAGGCUAUUCGCACUCUGAUUGGCUACGGAUACAACAUAGAGCCGUCCGACCAGGAAGGCGGGCAAGUGGUUGAGCGGCUCAGUAUUGACAAAAUACGCUUCUUCAGAGUGGAGAGGACGUAUGCAGUGAAGACUGGAAGGUGGUACUUUGAGUUUGAAGCCGUGACAGGUGGAGACAUGCGAGUGGGCUGGGCCAGACCCGGGUGUAAACCUGAUGUGGAGCUGGGCACCGACGAUUUGGCCUUUGUUUUUGAUGGAUACAGAGGUCACUGUCUGAACAUGGGGGGUCGUUUGUUUGGACGCUGCUGGCACGCCGGAGACGUGGUCGGCUGCAUGAUUAACAUGGAGGACAAGUCCAUGAUAUUCACCCUCAACGGGGAAAUCCUGAUCACAACAAAGGGAUCUGAACUGUGUUUCACUGACUUUGAAACUGAGGAUGGGUUCAUUCCAGUGUGCAGUCUGGGCCUCUCACAGGUGGGCCGCAUGAAUCUGGGCAAGGAUGCUAGCACCUUCAAGUACUACACCAUGUGCGGCCUCCAGGAAGGGUUUGAGCCUUUUGCUGUCAACAUGAACAGAGAGCUCACCAUGUGGUUCAGCAAACGACUGCCAACAUUUGUCAACGUGCCCAAGGACCACAAUCAUAUCGCUGUAACCAGGAUUGACGGCACUAUCGACAGCCCCCCUUGUCUUAAAGUCACUCACAAAACAUUUGGGAGCCAAAACAGCAAUGCUGACAUGGUCUUUUGUCGCCUCAGCAUGCCUGUAGAGUUUCACUCUUUCUUUAAGUCCACACCAAUGGCGGACAUGAAUGGACUCCAUGAUGAGGAGUCGCUGAAAGUCAAACACAGAUAUCCACUGAGAUCUGUGAGACAUAGUGAUGAGAGUCGACGGAUUGACUACAGCAGCAUCACUACGUACUACCACUCUGUGAGGGUCUUUGCCGGCCAGGACCCUGCUGGAGUUUGGGUCGGCUGGGUUACCCCUGACUAUCAUUACUACAGCAACAACUUCAAUCUCAGUAAAAACAGAACAGUGACCGUCACACUUGGGGAUGAGCGUGGACGAGUACAUGAGAGUGUGCGGAGGAGCAACUGCUACAUGGUUUGGGGUGGUGAGGUGACAAACGCUGCUCAUGGUGCCAGUCGCAGCAACGUGGACCUGGAGAUUGGCUGUCUGAUUGACCUCGCCACUGGAUUGGUGACUUUCACAGUCAAUGGCAAAGAACUAUCAACAUCUUAUCAAGUGGAACCAAAUACAAAGCUGUUUCCAGCUGUGUUUGUGCGGCCCACCAGCCCUAACCUCUUUCAGUUUGAGCUCCCAAAGAUAAAGAAUGCUAUGCCUCUGUCGUCGGCCAUCUUUAAAAGUGAACACAAGAACCCGGUGCCUCAGUGUCCACCCCGGCUGGAUGUCCAGACCAUCAAUGCGGUUUUGUGGAGCCGCAUGCCCAAUACCUUCCUGAAGGUGGAGACAGCAAGGGUCAAUGACCGGCAUGGGUGGGUGGUCCAGUGUACCGAGCCGUUGCAGAUGUUGGCUGUCCAUAUACCAGAGGAGAACAGAUGUGUGGACAUCAUGGAGCUGUCAGAGCAGGAGGACAUGAAGACCUUCCACUACCACACCCUGAAGCUCUACUGCGCCCUCUGUGCUUUGGGAAACACCAGAGUGGCUCAUGCCCUCUGCAGCCACCUGGAUCAGUCCCAGCUCCUGUACACCAUCGACAACCAGUACCUGUCGGGGAGGUUACGUGAGGGGUUCUACAACGUGCUGAUCAGCAUCCACCUGGAGACAGCUAAAGAGGCACGACUCAUGAUGAAGGAUGAAUUCAUCAUCCCUGUCACGGCAGAGACUCGCUCCAUCCGUCUGUUUUCCAAUGCGUCUAAAAAGCACCUCCCUCCAGGGGUGGGGCUCAGCACAUCACUGAAACCUCGACUCAACUUUGCGCCGCCCUGCUUCAUCAGCACCAAGCAGGGUCAGCAUCUUUACAGUCCUCAAAUCCCACUGGACGCCUUGAAAGCAAAAGCCAUCCUGAUGCUGACGGAGGCUGUCCAAGGUGGCGGCCAUCAUAUUCGAGAUCCUGUUGGAGGAUGUGUUGAGUUUCAGUUUGUUCCUAUUUUGAAACUCAUAAGCACCCUGCUCACCAUGGGGGUCUUGGGGAGCGAGGACGUGCAUAAGAUCUUGAUGCUCAUUGACCCAAACGUGUUCCAAGAGGCGCACGAUAUUGGAACGACAAAUGCCAUUGACAAAGAGGGACUAACUGGGGCGGAGGAGAAGGCAGUAGAGGCUGGAGAAGAAGAUGCAGCCAAAGAGGCGAACCAGCCCCUAAAAGGGCUGCUGGAGAAGAGACUGCCAGAACCGGUGAAACGUCAGAUGUGCGAGCUGCUUCACUAUUUCUGCGACUGCGAGCUGAAGCACAGAAUCGAGGCCAUCGUGUCCUUCUCUGACAACUUUGUCUCAAAGCUGCAGUACAAUCAGAAGUUCCGCUACAAUGAGCUGAUGCUGGCGCUCAACAUGUCGGCAGCCGUCACUGCCAAGAAGACCAAAGAAUUCCGCUCACCUCCUCAAGAACAGAUCAACAUGCUGCUGACCUUCAGCACUGGUGAUGACUGUCCUUGUCCAACAGACAUCCAGGAGGAGCUUUAUGAUUUCCACAACCAGCUGCAGCUGCACUGUGGGAUCCCCAUGGAGGAAGACGAGGACCAAGAGGACAUGUCAAUCAAGGGUCGCCUCAUGACCCUGGUGAACAAGAUCAAAGGACAGGCACAUAAAACUGAGCAGCCCACUGAGAAGGAGCAGACUGCUCCAUCGAACCUGAAGGAGUUGAUCUCACAGACAAUGGUCACUUGGGCCCAGGAGUGCCACAUUCAAGACCCCAAACUCGUUCGCAAAAUGUUCAGCCUUCUACGGAGGCAGUACGACAGCAUUGGGGAGCUGCUGCGAGCCAUGAGGAAGACCUACACCAUCAGCGCUGCCUCGGUCCAGGACACCAUAAACCUCUUGGCCUCCCUGGGACAGAUCCGGUCUCUACUGUCAGUUCGCAUGGGGAAAGAGGAGGAGAAGCUGAUGAUUGAUGGACUUGGUGACAUCAUGAACAACAAAGUAUUCUACCAGCAUCCGAAUCUCAUGAGGAUAUUGGGCAUGCAUGAGACUGUGAUGGAGGUGAUGGUGAACGUCCUUGGGGGUGACAAAUCACAGGAAAUCGCGUUCCCCAAAAUGGUAGCCAGCUGCUGUCGCUUCCUUUGCUACUUCUGCCGAAUCAGCCGCCAGAACCAGAAAGCUAUGUUCGAUCAUCUGAGCUACCUGCUGGAGAACAGCAGCGUGGGACUAGCUUCGCCCGCCAUGAGAGGCUCCACUCCUCUGGAUGUAGCUGCCUCUUCUGUGAUGGACAACAAUGGCCUGGCUCUUGCCCUCGAGGAGCCUGAUCUGGACAAGGUGGUGAACUACCUGGCAGGCUGUGGUCUCCAGAGCUGUCCGAUGCUUUUGGCGAAAGGUUACCCUGACAUCGGCUGGAAUCCUAUCGAGGGAGAGCGUUACCUUUCCUUCUUGCGGUUUGCUGUCUUUGUUAAUGGUGAGAGUGUCGAGGAAAAUUCCAGUGUUGUGGUGAAGCUGCUUAUUCGUCGCCCUGAGUGCUUUGGACCUGCCCUGAGGGGGGAGGGAGGCAAUGGCCUGUUGGCAGCCAUGAAGGAAGCAAUCAAAAUCUCUGAGACACCUGCGCUGGACCUGCCGGGCUCUGUUCACGGUUUUAGCUCAGACGUCUCUACUGAAGGUGAUGAUGAGGAGGAGGUGGUUCACAUGGGCAACGCCAUCAUGUCCUUCUACUCUGCGCUCAUCGACCUGCUUGGACGUUGUGCGCCAGAAAUGCAUCUCAUUAACAAGGGCAAAGGUGAAGCUCUUCGUAUCCGUGCCAUACUGCGCUCCCUGGUUCCCACCGAAGACCUUGUGGGGAUCAUCAGUAUACCACUUAAAAUGCCCAUCAUCAACAAAGAUGGCUCCGUAACCGAGCCGGACAUGUCUGCCAGCUUCUGUCCGGAUCACAAGGCCCCCAUGGUGCUGUUUUUGGACAGGGUGUACGGCAUUGAGGAUCAGAGCUUCAUGCUGCACCUGCUGGAAGUCGGCUUUCUCCCUGACCUGAGGGCAGCUAACUCGCUCGACACGGAAGGUCUGUGCACGACUGAGACGGCUCUGGCUAUGAACCGCUACAUCGGGUCGGCCAUGCUUCCCCUCCUCACACGAUGUGCUCCCCUCUUUGCUGGGACUGAGCACCAUGCUACGCUCAUGGACUUCACCCUGCACACCAUCUACCGCCUCUCGAAGGGCCGCUCACUCACCAAGGCUCAGAGGGACGCCAUCGAGGAGUGUCUGUUGGCUGUUUGCAAGCACCUUCGUCCCUCGAUGCUGCAGCAGCUCCUACGCCGACUUGUCUUUGACGUGCCCUUGCUGACUGAAUAUUGCAAGAUGCCUCUAAGGCUGUUGACUAACCACUACGAGCAGAACUGGAAGUAUUACUGCCUCCCAUCGGGUUGGGGAAGCUAUGGCACGGCAUCAGAGGAUGAGCUUCUGCUCACCAAGAAGAUCUUUUGGGGCGUCUUUGAUUCCCUGUCCCAGAGGAAAUAUGACCAGGAGCUUUUCAAGAUGGCAAUGCCGUGCCUCAGUGCCAUUGCCGGAGCUCUACCACCGGACUACGUCGAUGUGUCCAAUAACACCGCAGUGGAGAAGCUUGUGUCUGUAGACGCUCAAGGCAACUUUGACCCCAAACCCAUCAACACCUACAACAUCGCUCUCCCGGAGAAGCUUGAGCACUUUGUCAACAAAUAUGCCGAACAUUCUCAUGAGAAAUGGUCCGCAGAAAAGGUGUUGCUGGGAUGGAAAUACGGCGACUGUGUGGAUGAGAAGGGAAAGACCCACCCUCAGCUUAGAAGUUACAAAGCUCUGACAGAAAAGGAGAAAGAGAUUUACAGGUGGCCUAUUAGGGAGUCCUUGAAGAGCAUGCUGGCUAUGGGAUGGACUGUCGACAGGACUAAGGAUGGGGAGAGCAUGUCUCUGCAGAGGGAGAAUGAGAAACUGCGCAAGAUUUCACAAAUAUCACAGGCAAAUGGAUUCAGUCCCAGUCCCAUAGACACGAGCAAUGUAGUUCUCUCCAGAGAACUGCAAGGAAUGGUGGAGCUGGUGGCUGAAAAUUACCACAACAUCUGGGCCAAGAAGAAAAAGAGCGACCUUGGAAGCAGAGGUGGAGGAACACACCCUCUGCUGGUGCCCUAUGAAACCCUGACAGCGAAGGAGAAGGCCAGAGAUCGAGAGAAGGCUCAAGAUCUUUUUCGUUUCCUGCAAAUCAGUGGAUAUAGCAUUAUAAAGGGCCUGAAGGAGAUAGACCAUGACUCCUCAUCUAUGGAGAAGAGAUUUGCAUACAAGUUUCUGAAGAAGCUGCUGAAAUACGUGGACCAGGCCCAAGAGUUCAUUGCACAUUUGGAGGCCAUGGCUGCCACCGGGAAAACCGACCGAUCGCCACACGAGCAGGAGAUCAAGUUUUUCGCCAAGGUUCUGCUUCCUCUCAUCGACCAGUACUUCAAGAAUCACUCCCUUUACUUCCUCUCGUCACCCAACAAGAACCUGAGCAGCAGCGGUUAUGCCUCCAACAAGGAGAAGGAGAUGGUCACCAGGUUGGAAAUCAGACAGAAAAUCAUCUCAUCUUUUAUUUCUAAUUUUCUCUUUCAAUUCUGUGAACUCCUUCUCUUUUCCACUCUUCACACCACCAGCCUGUUUUGUAAACUGGCAGCUCUUGUCAGACAUAGGAUAUCACUUUUCGGAAGUGACUCCACUACUAUGGUCAGCUGUUUACACAUCCUGGCUCACACUCUGGACACCAGAACAGUGAUGAAAUCUGGGUCGGAGCAAGUGAGGGUCGGCCUGAGGACUUUCUUUGAGAAUGCGGCAGAGGAUCUCGAGAAGACGUUCGAAAACCUGAAGCUGGGAAAGUUCACCCACUCGCGAUCGCAGAUGAAAGGGGUGUCGCAGAAUAUCAACUACACCACCGUCGCGCUGCUUCCCAUCCUAACUGCUCUGUUUGAGCACAUCACUCAGCACCACUUUGGAGUCGACCUGCUAUUGGACGAUGUCCAAGUCUCGUGCUAUCGCAUCCUGACCAGCCUGUUUGCUCUUGGAACUGGGAAAAAUAUCUACGUUGAACGGCAGCUACCAGCUCUUGGUCAGUGUCUUGCCACUUUAGCUGGAGCAAUGCCUGUUGCCUUCUUGGAGCCCCUACUCAACAUGUACAACCCAUGCUCUGUCUUCAACUCCAAAAGUGCCCGAGAAAGAUCAACUUUGGGUGUUUCGGAUACUGUCGAGAAGAUGUGUCCCGGUAUGCCUCGCCUGGACGGCCUGAUGAAAGACAUUAAUGACAUGGCAGAGUCGGGGGCUCGCUACACUGAGAUGCCACAUGUGAUUGAAGUGGUGCUGCCGAUGCUGUGUAACUACCUGUCGUAUUGGUGGGAGAGGGGCCCUGAAAACCAGCCAGCUAGCGGCGCAAGUGUCUGCUGCACCACCGUCACCUCAGAACACCUCAGCGUCAUUCUGGGAAACAUCCUCAAGAUCCUCAACAACAACCUUGGGAUCGAUGAGGCCUCGUGGAUGAAAAGAAUAGCAGUGUACGUGCAGCCUAUCAUCAGCAAAGCCCGGGCGGAUCUGCUGAAGAGCCACUUCCUGCCCACACUGGAAAAGCUGAAGAAGAAGACAGUGAAAGUUGUGUCUGAAGAGGAGCUGCUGAGAGCCGACAGUAAAGGGGACACACAAGAGGCUGAGCUUCUCAUCCUGGAUGAGUUUGCCGUUCUCUGCCGGGACCUCUAUGCCUUUUACCCCAUGCUCAUCCGCUAUGUAGACAACAACAGGUCGAGGUGGCUGAAAGAGCCAGAUGCUGAUUCGAAUGAACUUUUCAAAAUGGUUGCUGAAAUCUUUAUCCUGUGGUGCAAGUCACAUAAUUUCAAAAGAGAGGAGCAGAACUUUGUGGUGCAGAAUGAGAUCAACAACCUGUCUUUCCUGACCGGGGACAAUAAAACCAAGAUGUCCAAGUCCUUUAAGGAAAAGUCUGGUGGACAAGAUCAAGAAAGGAGACAUAAGAAACGGCGCGGUGAGUUCUACUCCAUCCAGACGUCGCUGAUCGUCGCUGCCCUGAAGAAGAUGCUGCCCAUCGGCCUUAACAUGUGCACGCCUGGCGACCAGGAACUCAUCUCCCUGGCAAAGACUCGCUACCUCCUGAAAGACACAGAUGAAGAGGUCAAAGAUCACAUCAGGCAAAAUCUUCACUUAAGGGAAAAAUCGGAAGACCCCGCCGUGAGGUGGCAGCUGAACCUCUACAAGGACAUUGUGAUGAGAAGUGACGGGCCUGCGGAUCCUGACCGAGUGGUGGACCGAAUACAGAGGAUCUCUGCUGCUGUCUACAACCUGGAACAGGUGGAACAGCCACUUCGGUCUAAGAAAUGUGUGUGGCAGAAGCUGCUGUCCAAGCAGAGGAAGCGCGCUGUUGUUGCCUGUUUCCGAAUGGCUCCACUUUACAACCUGCCCAGGCACAAAAAUAAUAAUUACUUCCUGAAUGCCUACCGACAUAUUUGGCUGGAGAUAAUGCAUGAGAACACAGACUGUGACAGUCUGCUCUACAUGCUGACGAAAAUACAGUCCAAAGUUGAGGAGGAGGAAGAGGAGGAGGAGAGGCAGCAGCCGGACCCGCUUCAUCAGCUCAUUCUGCAUUUCAGCCACAACGCUCUGACGGAGUGCAGUUCCCUGGAUGAAGAUCCUCUGUACAUAGCAUAUGCAGACAUGAUGGCAAAGAGCUGUGCUGAGGGUGAAGAGGAGGAAGAGGAGGAAGGGAAGGAGAAGACAUUCGAGGAAAAGGAGAUGGAGAAGCAGAAGAUGCUGUAUCAACAAGCCAGGCUGCACGACCGAGGGGCCGCAGAGAUGGUGCUGCAGAUGAUCAGUGCCAGCAAAGGUCGACUUGGCGACAUGGUGACGUUCACCCUAAAACUAGGGAUUUCCAUUUUAAAUGGAGGAAACAUUGUGGUUCAGCAGAAAAUGCUGGACUAUCUGAAGGAGAAAAGAGACGUUGGCUUUUUUAAAAGUUUAUCUGGACUGAUGAUGUCAUGCAGUGUUCUGGACCUUAACGCCUUUGAGAGGCAAAACAAAGCAGAAGGUCUGGGUAUGGUCACAGAGGAAGGCUCAAUCAACGUGAGUGAGCGGGGUUCCAAAGUUCUUCAGAACGACGAGUUCACUAAAGAUCUCUUCAGGUUCCUGCAGCUUCUCUGCGAAGGACACAACAAUGACUUUCAGAACUUCCUGAGGACUCAGACUGGCAAUACGACCACCGUGAAUAUCAUCAUCAGCACGGUGGACUACCUGCUGAGGCUGCAGGAGUCUAUAAGUGACUUCUAUUGGUAUUAUUCUGGUAAAGAGGUCAUUGAUGAGGCGGGCCAGCGCGACUUCUCCAAGGCUCUGGCUGUUGCUAAGCAAGUCUUUAACUCGUUGACUGAAUACAUACAGGGUCCUUGCAUCGGUAACCAGCAGAGUUUGGCCCACAGUCGGCUGUGGGAUGCAGUGGUCGGCUUCCUGCAUGUCUUUGCAAAUAUGCAGAUGAAAUUAUCACAGGACUCCAGCCAGAUCGACCUGUUGAAAGAGCUGCUGGACCUGCAGAAGGACAUGAUCGUCAUGAUGCUCUCACUUCUCGAAGGUAACGUUGUCAACGGAACCAUUGGAAAGCAAAUGGUGGAUACUCUGGUGGAGUCUUCCAGCAACGUGGAGAUGAUCCUGAAGUUUUUCGACAUGUUCCUGAAGUUGAAGGACUUGACCACCUCAGACAGCUUCAAGGAGUAUGACCCAGAGAGCAAAGGUAUCAUCUCCAAAAAGGAUUUCCAAAAGUCGAUGGAGAACCAGAAACAAUACUCGCAAUCCGAGAUUGAGUUUCUUCUCUCGUGCGCCGAGGCUGACGAGAACGACAUGUUCAACUACGAGCAGUUUGUGGAGCGAUUCCAUGAACCAGCCAAAGACAUUGGCUUCAAUGUCGCAGUGCUGCUAACCAACCUCUCUGAGCACAUGCCGCAUGAUGCUCGGCUUGCGACGUUCUUGGACUUGGCUGAGAGUGUCCUCAGUUAUUUUGCGCCAUUUCUGGGCCGAAUUGAGAUCAUGGGAGGAGCCAAACGCAUUGAGCGGGUCUACUUUGACAUCAGUGAGUCCAGUCGCACGCAGUGGGAGAAGCCUCAGGUGAAGGAGUCAAAGCGCCAAUUCAUCUUCGACGUGGUCAACGAAGGUGGGGAGAGCGAGAAGAUGGAGCUGUUUGUCAACUUCUGUGAGGACACCAUUUUUGAGAUGCAGCUCGCGUCACAAAUUUCCGAACCCGACCCAGUGGAGCGUCCUGAGGAUGAUGAAGAUGACAGCCAGAGCAUGACAGAGAAUCAAGAAGAAGAAGAGGAGGAGACCACGAUGAUGGAGUCCUCGUCCGCCUUUACAAUCGCCUGCAUCUCCAUGAGAAAGAGCCUGGGGAACUUCCGCCAGCUGCUCACUCUGAAGAGUAUGCGACGGCAGUACAGAAGGUUCCGGAAGAUGAGUGUGCGUGAGAUGGUGCGUGGCUUCUUCGCCUUCUUCUGGAUGAUCUUCACUGGCCUCUUCCACUUCAUCUAUGGCCUCAUCUGGGGUUUCUUCCACAUCUUAUGGACCACCAUGUUUGGUGGCGGCCUUGUUGAAGGAGCCAAGAACAUGAAGGUCACCGACAUUCUGGGCAACAUGCCGGAUCCCACGCAGUUUGGAAUACAUGGAGACGUGAUGGAGAUGGAGAAGAUGGAGGCGAACGAAGCGUCUGCUAUGGCUGAGAUGGGACAGAUGUCACCAGGGGAUGCAGCGGAAUCCGACCUGAUGGCCGAGCUGCUCAACAUCCAGCCGAAAAGGGAAGGGAAGCAUGGGACGGAGCCGGGAUUGGGGGAUGUGUCUGAAGUGGUGGUGGGCGAUGCUCCUUCAAUAGCCAGUGCAGUGAAACAGAAGAAGGCUCAGAUGGCUGCAAAGAAAAGAGCUUCGAACGGAGACUACAAGUCAGACUCGGAGAAAGGAGACUCAGAGGAUGGAGAGAAGAAAGAUAAUGACAAGUUUCGAGACGAGCCUCCCCCUGACCUCCCUCUGGAGGAGAAGAGAGCCCCGAAAAAGAGGCUUGGUGUGAAGAAGGAACCUCCAGAGGCUUUCAUGGCCAGCUUCUUCGCCGGUUUGGAAGUCUACCAAACCAAAAUGCUGAACUACCUGGCUAGAAACUUCUACAACCUCCGUUUUCUGGCUCUUUUCGUGGCAUUUGCAAUCAACUUCAUCCUUCUCUUCUACAAAGUCACUGGCGAUUACUCAGACGAUGAAGACCCCUGGAAUGGAAGGAACAGAGUCGGAGAGGAGGAGGAGGAGGAGGGAGCCCUGGAGUACUUUGUCCUGCAGGAGAGCACCGGCUACAUGGCACCAACUCUUCGCUGCCUUGCCAUUCUUCACACCAUCAUCUCCUUCUUGUGUGUCGUGGGAUAUUACUACCUGAAGGUUCCCCUGGUCGUGUUCAAACGGGAAAAGGAAAUUGCGAGAAAGCUGGAGUUCGCUGGGCUCUACAUAACCGAGCAGCCAUCAGACGACGACAUCAAGGGACAGUGGGACAGACUUGUCAUCAACACACCGUCAUUUCCAAACAACUACUGGGACAAAUUUGUCAAGCGCAAAGUGAUCAAGAAGUAUGGGGAUCUGUAUGGCGCAGAGAGGAUCGCAGAGCUGUUGGGGCUCGACAAAAGUGCUCUGGACUUCAACCCCACUGAAGAAAGUGAUGCGAAAGAGGCUUCACUGGUUUCCUGGUUAAGCUCCAUCGAUACCAAGUAUCACAUCUGGAAAAUGGGCGUGGUCUUUACUGACAAUUCCUUCCUGUACCUGGUGUGGUACACCACCAUGUCCAUUCUGGGUCACUACAACAACUUCUUCUUCGCUGCUCAUCUGCUCGACAUAGCGAUGGGAUUCAAGACCCUGCGCACCAUCCUGUCCUCGGUCACCCACAACGGCAAACAGUUGGUGCUGACGGUGGGCCUGCUGGCAGUGGUGGUCUACCUCUACACUGUGGUGGCCUUCAACUUCUUCAGAAAGUUCUACAACAAGAGCGCAGAUGAUGACGAGCCAGACAUGAAGUGUGACGACAUGAUGACUUGCUACCUGUUCCACAUGUAUGUCGGAGUGAGAGCAGGAGGAGGCAUCGGGGACGAGAUCGAGGACCCGGCUGGUGAUCCCUAUGAGCUCUACAGGAUCCUGUUUGACAUCACCUUCUUCUUCUUUGUCAUCGUUAUCCUCUUGGCCAUCAUCCAGGGUUUGAUCAUCGAUGCCUUUGGUGAGUUAAGAGACCAGCAGGAACAGGUGAAAGAGGACAUGGAGACCAAAUGUUUCAUCUGUGGAAUCGGGAACGACUAUUUUGACACGACACCUCAUGGCUUCGAGACUCACACUUUGCAAGAGCACAAUUUAGCGAAUUAUCUGUUCUUCCUGAUGUACCUCAUCAACAAGGAUGAGACGGAGCACACUGGUCAGGAGUCCUAUGUGUGGAAGAUGUACCAGGAACGCUGUUGGGAUUUCUUCCCAGCUGGCGACUGCUUCCGUAAACAGUACGAGGAUCAGCUCGGAUAAACUCUGUUCACGGGGCUUCUGGGUAACAUACUCCUCCACGCUGCGGCCAGGCCGACUACCUCCGUCUCUCCAGACUCGGACCGAUCUGAGGAGCAGAACGCCGCCGUCGCUGGCGAGUCCACGACUCGGGAUUCUACUGGAGUUUUCUUUUUUUCCGAUGUCAUUGAAGUUUGACCGCUUCAACUCCACACAACCCAACAUUUAUUGCACAAUAUUUGUUCAGUUGAAGAAACGUUGGCUUGUGUGGAGGUCCGAGUCGAAACGUCGAGCUCAUUAUGCACAAUGUUUCCAGAAUGUUCAACUCGAGACUUAAGGCCAAAACAAAAUACUGUUUUUUUCCCUGAUAAUUUAACCGCGCAUAUCGAAAAAGAGACACUUUCUAGGAACUAUUUUUUCAUCAAGUGCCUUACUAGAGCGAUUCUACAUUACAAUGAAGCUAUGCAACAUGUUCUUUAUUGUAUGUACGUGGAGUCCUUCCGGCGCUGACGUCUCGUCUGUGAUUCUCGAUGUGAGAGGACGAAUAUCUCUGGUGUAUCGACCGUGAAUUUUUGGCUGAAUGAAGUGUAACCGCAGAUGUUCAAAGGUAAACGGUGUUUAAAAAAAGUCCGGAUGUUCUAGUCCAGAUAUGAAACUGCUGUCGUUUGGCCGUUUGUAUGUGGUAGCUUUGCAGGUUUGUGCUUUAUGGUUUAUUUAUUUAUUUUUGGACGAGAUACAAAUAAAGACGUUGAUGCAGAAAUUUACAUUUCUUUUUAAAAUUGUGUCUUUUUAGAAAUACUCACUAA